UCUGUCCCGCAGCAGAGGCUUUUUCUUCGGGCAGGGCAGCGUAGGGUGGGGCUGGCUAUGGAAGGAGCAGCCACCAAAUCCGCUCACCAGCAAGCGCGGUAGCGCUGGCAGAGCUAUGUUUUGUUUGCAUUGAGAAGGUCCGCUGCUGCCAGAGAGCUGCUGCCAGCCCUGUUUAAACAGUGCUGAACUAGAUAGACCGCUGGUCUCGGUCAGCUUCCUAUCUUCCCAGUGUCGACUCUAUAGGGUCUGUUCGAAUGGAUUUCAUGGAAGCCUAUUCUGACAGAUGCUCUGCUGUUGGGCGUGCAGCUCGAGAAGGCAAUGCCAAGCGUCUGAGGAAGCUAAUCAAACAGGGAUACAGUGUUGAUGUUCCCGACAACAGGGGCUGGAUGGCAAUCCAUGAAGCAGCAUUUCACAACACAAGUGAAUGUCUGAAGCUCUUAAUUUGUGCAGCACCCUCUGAUAACUACAUAAGAUCAAAGACAUUUGAGGGCACUUGUCCAUUACAUCUUUCGGCAAGCCGAGGAAACUUGGAAUGUGUUGCUGUUCUCCUAGAAUCUGGAGCUGAUCCUAAUGAGCUUACUAAUGACGCAACCACACCACUAUUUUUAGCUGUUGAAAAUGGACACGCUGUUGUGAUAAAUCUUCUCCUUCAACAUGGAGCAAAUAUUAAUGGGUCCCACUGUUGGUCUGAAUGGAAUUCUCUGCACCAGGCUGCUUUUCAGAGAUAUCCCGAGAUACUGAAAUUACUCCUCGACAAAGGAGCUGACAAAGAAUCUGUGGAUGACUUUGGGAUCACCCCUUUGUUUGUUGCUGCACAAUAUGGAAAGCUGGAAUGUUUAAGGAUACUUAUAUCAUACGGAGCAAACUUCAAUUGUCAAGCCAAGGAUCGGGCCACACCAUUGUUUAUUGCUGCCCAGGAGGGUAAUGAUGAAUGCGUGGAGCUCUUGUUAUCCAAGGGAGCAGAUCCAAACCUGUACUGCAAUGAAGAGGAAUGGCAGUUGCCUAUCCAUGCAGCAGCACAAAUGGGCCAUAGCAAUAUAUUGUGCUUGCUCAUACCAGUCACUGAUGGGCUCUGUGGCAGUGCUGAAAGCAAAGUGAGUCCUGUCUACUCAGCGGUCUACGGUGGUCAUGAAGAUUGCUUGGAACUCUUGCUUAAGGAAGGUUACAGCCCAGAUGCUCAGGCUUGUCCAAUCUUUGCCUGCCGAUCGCCCAUGUCCCUGGCUUUCCAAAAGGGAACUGGCUUAAUCCUAAUUCUUCUGAAGUAUGGGAUCACGCUUCUCGAAACCGAUUUAGGCCUCUGCCUGCGCGAUGGAAGGUUCUCUUUAUUUCAGCGUUUCUUGAAACAGGGCUGCAAGCUCCCGGGUAGAGAGCACAUGGCAGAAUUUACAAAGGAUGCAGUUAUUGCAGAAGGCCAGUACAAAGACUGGUUGCCGUCCCUCCUAUUGGCUGGGUUCAAUCCAGUGUAUCUCCUCACUGAGUCAUGGGUUUGUUCUGUAAAGAGUGAUGCCCAUCAUUUUCUUCUGGAGUUCACCAACUGGAAGAGACUUCCCUGGGAUGUGGAGCAGAUCCUUUCCGACCCCAAAGGAACUGCCACGUCAGUGACUCACAGUCACUUUGGAUGCAUCCCUCCCUUGUCUCAUCUUUGCCGUCUGGAGAUCCGGUCACUUUUAACGAGCGAUCACUUACGGUCAGACCAGUUCAUCCGCCAGUUGCCGUUACCCGCAUGCCUGCAGGACUUCUUACUUUACUCGGAUGUGCUGAGAAGAUAUGCCGUUUCAGAAUCUCAGCUUAGGCUGGGGGAAGUGCACGAAGAGGACAUGCCAACACGUCUUUCCGGUUCAGAAGAUACGGGGCGAAGAGAAAACGUAGAACCAAUGCAGUCCCAUCAGAGUGCUUAAGGCUUCCAGCUGUCAUAAGGACUGUGUUGUGGUAGUUGCUGCAAUGGUAGACCGCUGCUGCUUAUUAUUGGAUAUCCUCUCUUCGGGGACACUUUAAACUCUUGUUUGGAUGCCUUCAGGUAAAGCUUUUAAACAUUGUUUUCCCUGAAAACAGUUCAAGUGGACGAAAAUGGUGUAUUGGAAUAAAUAUUGCCACAGAUCAUUCCAAAUAAAGACCAACGCUUUGUA